GUUGAAACAGCGGCUAACUGCUGCUAAUGCUGAGAUAUUUGAGUUGGUAGAAACAAACAGAUCGCAGAGCAGCAACAAGAAACCAGUCAACGUGCUGGAAGCUGUUUUCAAGCCUGAAGUUCACUGAUCCAGAGCAGACAUGUUGCAGCAGUUGGUGAUGAAAGAAGAAAUGCUCCCUGAACAGCAGGAGUUGAAUCGGAGUGUCGACCAGAAGGAUGUUAAACAGGAACAAGAGGAGGUCUGGACAAGUAACGAGGGACAGCAGCUUCACUGGCUGGAGACUGAGAAGACCAAGUUCUGUUAUGCCCGUGUCCUUGUGAAGAGUGAAAAUGAUGAUGAAAUAUCACAGUCAUCACAAGUUCUUUAAAAGUCAGGUGUGGACUCUGCUAAGGAUCUGUGCAAGGACACAGAAGAGGGACCUUCGAAAUCCAGUCUGCGUGGGGAUUGUGAGAUCCAGAUCAAAGCUCAAAGAGUGAAGCAGAAGAGCUCAGAGGUUCUCAGGGUUCCAUCUGCUCAGCAGCAUCAAGCACGCCUGAAACGCAUAUUUAUGAACAUCGAGGAGAACAUGGGGAUGUUUAUGAAAGAUGAGCUCAAGAUGAUCCAGAAGUUUCUCCUGACAAAUGAUGCAGAAUACUUGGAGAGUCAGAGUGAGGAUGAGGAGCAGAGGAACAUCCGACUGGUUUUCCUGGACCUCACAGUGACCUUCAUGAGGAGCAUGAAUUAUGAUGAGCUGGCUGACUGUCUGCAGAGCAGAACUCGUACUGAAGUUUGUCGUCGUAAAUUCAAAUCUAAGGUGAAGCAGAAGUUUGAGCGUGUGUUUGAGGGGAUCUCUAAAGCAGGAAAGACGACUCUUCUGAAGGAGAUCUACACAGAGCUCUACAUCACAGAGGGCGGGGCUUCAGAGGUCAACCAGGAACAUGAGGUCAGACAGAUUGAAGCAGCAUCCAGGAAAACAGACUCACCACAAAGAACCAUCACAUGUGAAGACAUCUUUAAAGCCUCAGCUGACACUCAGCCACCAAUCAGAACAAUGCUGACAAAGGGCGUGGCCGGCAUCGGGAAAACAGUCUUAACACAGAAGUGGACUCUGGACUGGGCUGAAGGACGAACCAACCAGGACUUCCACUUCAUAUUUCCAUUCACUUUCAGAGAGCUGAAUGUGCUGAAAGAGAAGAAGUUCAGCUUGGUGGAACUUGUUCAUCACUUCUUUCCUGAAACCAAAGAAGCAGGAAUCUGCAGCUUCCAGCACUUCCAGGUCUUGAUCAUCUUGGACGGUCUGGAUGAGUGUCGCCUCCCUCUGGACUUCCACAGCAAUGACGUCCUGACUGAUGUCACAGAGUCAAGCUCAGUGGAUGUUCUGCUGACAAACCUCAUCAGGAGGAACCUGUUUCCCUCUGCUCGCCUCUGGAUCACCACACGACCUGCAGCAGCCAGUCAGAUCCCUCCUGAGUGUGUGGACAUGGUGACAGAGGUCAGAGGCUUCACUGACCCUCAGAAGGAGGAGUACUUCAGGAAGAGAUUCAGAGAUGAGGAGCAGUCCAGAAGAAUCAUCUCCCACGUGAAGACAUCACGAAGUCUCCACAUCAUGUGUCACAUCCCAGUCUUCUGCUGGAUCACUGCUACAGUUCUGGAGGACAUGUUGGACACCAGAGACGCACCAGAGCUUCCAAAGACUCUGACUGAGAUGUACAUCUACUUCCUGGUGGUUCAGUCCAGAGUGAAGAAGGUCAAGUAUGAUGGAGGAGCUGAGACAGAUCCACUGUGGAAUCCAGAGAACAGGGAGAUGAUUGUGUCUCUGGGAAAACUGGCUUUUGAGCAGCUGCAGAAAGGGAACCUGAUCUUCUAUGAAGAGGACCUGACAGAGUGUGGCAUCGAUAUCAGAGCAGCCUCAGUGUACUCAGGAGUCUUCACACAGAUCUUUAAAGAGGAGAGAGGACUCCACCAGGACAAGGUCUUCUGCUUCAUCCAUCUGAGUCUUCAGGAGUUUCUGGCUGCUCUUUAUGUCUAUCUGACCUUCAUCCAGUCUGGAGUCAAUCUGAUGUCCAAAGAACAAACAACAUCCAGAAGGUCUGAGACUUCUAAAGAAGAACCUAAACUAACAUCUCUCCAUCAGAGUGCUGUGGACGAGGCCUUACAGAGUCCAAAUGGACACCUGGACUUGUUCCUGCGCUUCCUUCUGGGUCUUUCCCUGCAGACCAAUCAGACUCUCCUACGAGGCCUGAUGACACAGACAGACAGAAUCUCAGGGACCAGUCAGGAAACAGUGGAGCUCCUCAAGAAGAGAUUUAAUGAGAAUCUGUCUGCAGAGGGAAACAUCAAUCUGAUCCACUGUCUGAAUGAACUGAAGGAUCGUUCUCUGCUGGAUCAGAUCCAACAGCUGAACUCUGGAAGUCUCUCUGUAGAAGGACUUUCUCCUUCUGUUUUAUCAGGUCUGAUCUUCAUAUCACCAUCAUCAGAUCAACAUCUGGAUGUGUUUGACUUGAAGAAAUACUCUGCUUCACAUGAGGCUCUUCUGCUGCUGCUGCCAGUGAUCAAAGAAUCUAAAAAAGCUUUGUUAUCUGGCUGUAAUCUGUCAGAGAGAAGCUGUGAAGUUUUGUCUUCAGUUCGAAGGAGGAGCAAACACCAGCCAUCUGAAUGCACUGCAUCCUACUUACCAAGUAAUCUGCAAACCAAGAGCCUGUUUGUGGAGAUGCCAUUUUGCGUAACACUGAAGUUGUGA